AUGCAUCUCAUUCUCACGGGCGCCACUGGCCUGGUCGGCUCCUCUGUGCUCGACGCCAUGCUCAAAACCACGAGUAUCUCUAAGAUCUCGAUCCUAAGCCGGAGAGCCGUGCCCAUGGCUGAAGACGCGAAAGACCCACGGGUUCGCGUCAUCACACAUCGGGAUUUUGAAUCUUAUGGACCAGAGGUUCUGGAUCAAUUGAAGGGCGCUGAAGGAUGCGUUUGGGCCUUGGGAAUCAGCCAAAGCCAGGUCAACGCAGACGAAUAUGUCAAAAUCACCAAGGAUUACGCCCUCGCUGCAGCCAACGCGUUUUCAACGCUCGAAACUACACAACCUCCCUUCCGUUUCAUCUAUGUAUCUGGCGAAGGAGCGACACAGGAUCCGGGGCGGUUCUCCCCUAUCUUUGCUAGAGUCAAAGGCGAAACCGAGAAGCUCUUGGGAGAACUAUCUGAACAAAAUCCGCGAAUCCGAGUCGACAGUAUGAGACCGGGAUUCGUCGAUUUCGCAGCACACGAUUCUAUCAAGUCGUAUAUCCCGCAGCCAGGAAUUUCCCAAAGGAUACUUCUUUCCAUUGCAGGUCCGCCUGUGCGUGCAUUCUACAAACAGGCGCAAUCUCCGACAGAGCAUUUGGGUGGAUUCUUGACGGAGAUGGCAAUGGGCCGGAUGGAGGGGAAAUAUGAAGGUAUGGGUGUAUUCAAGCUUGGAGGAAGCUGGAUUGUUGAGAAUAAGGGUAUGCGGAGGAUAUUGAGAUUGUAA